AUGAGUCAGAUAUUGAAUAUUACGCUCAUUACGCUCAAAGUGACGAUCGGUGCUAUGGUCAAGGAAUGUCCCCAUUGUCAUGCGCUUAAAUUCAAAAAUGAGCCAGCUGGAAUAUGUUGCGCGUCAGGAAAAGUGCAAUUACCAGUAAUAGAAACAUCGCCAGAACCGAUGAAUGGCUUGCUCAUCGACACGGAUCCAGAUUCAAACCUGUUCCUGAAGUCCAUUCACACAUUUAAUUUAUGCUUUCAAAUGACAUCGUUUGGAGCAACACAAAUAGUCAACAAUAAUGCGACAAAUGGUUGA